AUGAUAUCCAUCCCACGUGUCUUGCCUUUCCAUUCACACAUGCUCAAGACUUAUGGAAGGACUUUCUUUAUGUGGCGUGGACCUACACCAGUCAUCAACAUAAUGGAUCCUGAGCAAAUCAAGGAAGUUUAUGACGGUGAUAAAUGGGCUAAACACAGAAGAAUCAUCAACCCGGCUUUCCACCUUGAGAAGAUCAAGAAUAUGGUGCCUGCGUUCCACCAAAGCUGCAGCGAGGUUGUUGGCGAAUGGGACAAGUUAGUGUCGGAAAAAGGGUCGUCCCGUGAAGUGGACGUUUGGCCUGGGCUUGUGGGUAUGACGGCAGAUGUGAUCUCUCGUACUGCUUUUGGUAGCAGCUAUAAAGAAGGGCAGAGGAUAUUUGAGCUCCAAUCGGAACUAUCACAGCUCAUCAUUCUAUCUUUUCAGGGAGCUUUCAUCCCUGGAUAUAGAUAUCUCCCAACGAAAAAUAAUAGAAGGAUGAGAGCAGCAGACAGAGAAAUCCAAGUUAUACUGAGAGGGAUCAUUACCAAAAGGUUAGAGGCGAGAGAAGCUGGGGAAGCACCAAGCGAUGAUUUGCUUGGUACACUUCUUGAAUCGAAUUUGGGGCAAGCUAAAGGACACGGAAUGAGCAUUGAGGAUGUGAUGGAGGAGUGCAAGUUGUUUUAUUUCGCCGGGCAAGAGACAACUUCAGUGCUUCUGAACUGGACAAUGGUUCUGUUAAGCCAACACCAAGACUGGCAAACCAGAGCAAGAGACGAAGUGAAGCAAGUUUUUGGCGAUAGAGAACCUGAUACAGAUGGCCUCAACCAGCUCAAAGUUGCUAUAUCCUCCAGUGGCACAGCUGACCAGAGCCAUUCACAAAGAGAUGAAGCUAGGCGACCUGACGCUACCGGGCGGCGUUCAGAUAAGUCUACCUAUUCUGCUGUCCAACGCGACACAGAGCUGUGGGGAAACGAUGCAGCGGAAUUCAAGCCAAGAGAUUCAAAGACGGUAUCUCAAAGGCAACAAAGAGCCAAGUCUCUUUCUUUCCCUUUGCGUGGGGACCAAGGAUCUGCAUUGGACAGAACUUUCGCCAUGUUGGAGGCAAAGAUGGCAAUGGCAUUGAUUCUACAGAGAUUCUCCUUGGAGCUCUCUCCUUCUAUGUUCAUGCGCCUUACUCAGUCAUACCACUCGCCCACAGUUUGGUGCUCAUCUUAUCAUACACAAGAUAUAACUCCAUAA